AUGGAAAUAUUUUAUAAUAAAAAUUUAAAAACAUAUAAAUAUAAUUUAUAUUCUACUGAUAUAAAUGUGAAAAGAAUGAAAUGUGGAAUAACUUGUAGGUCUUUUAUUUUUAUGUCAUUAAGUUUAUGUGUAAUUUCCUUAUUUUAUAUAUCUUUAUUGAAUAUACAUGAGGGAAAUAUAGUUCCAUCCACAAAAAAUAUUGAAAUAAUAUCAAGAAAUUUAUGUGAAAUUGAAAAUGGAAAUAAUGAAAAAAGGCAAAAUAUAAUGAACCGUUUGGAUCAAACAAAUGAGAGUUCGAAAAAUUCAAAUAAUAAUAAACAAAUAACCUUAGAAAAUAAACCUUACAAUGAUAUGUCAAAGAAUUUAACAGAAAAGGAAUUAUAUGACAUUUUAAAUUCAUUGGAAGAAUGUCCUCCAAAAGAAGAUCUUAUAAAUAUAUGGCAUCACGCACUUCGUGCUGGAAAAGGUUUUGAUAAUGUAGUGAAUGAGUUAAAGGCAUUAAUACAAAAAUAUUUAGAUAAUGAUUUUUAUAAUACGUGUUGUUGCACUAAGAAAGAACUUGUAUAUAGGAGUAUAUGGGAAAAAAAUUGUUUUGAAUUUUAUACAGAUGUAGCAUACGAAUUGGUAAAAUACAGUAAUGGUUUUUUUGAAUUAAUUAAUGGCAAACACACACUUGAUGAUAUAUUAGAAUAUAUUUAUUCAUUCUUAGAACAAUUUAAGAUAUUAAAAAAGGAAUUAUAUGAAAAAUACAAAAAGAUUCUCCUUAAGAAAAUGAAUUAA